GCUACUUGAAUUAGUGGAUUGUUUAGCCUGUUACUUCUUGACAUUUAAUUACUUACUUUUUUACAGAAGCGGCGUUUGGAAUCCGGCACGUUCAAUGUGUGAUGCUGUUCUUCGCGAUGCUAUUGGCCUUCGGCAUGAGGGUGAACAUGAGCAUGGCUAUCGUCGCCAUGACAGAUUCUUCAAUGGAAAACACGUUCGAUUGGAACAUGCAGAUGCAGAGCGUGAUUUUGUCUUCUUUCUUCUGGGGCUACAUGAUUCUUCAAGUGCCUGGUGGUCUGCUAGCCGACAAAAUUGGCGGCAGUCUCCUUAUGGGCAUUAGCAUAGGUUCCAACGCCAUUAUCUCUCUGAUUCUGCCAACUGCUGCAGUUUACGGUGGCUGGUACGCAGUAUGCGCUUGUCGUGUGCUGCAAGGUUUAACGCAAGGAUUUGUCUAUCCAAGCGCUCACAACCUUAUAGGAAAAUGGGUGCCUUUGGACGAAAAGAGUAGGAUGGGAGCGUUUAUAUAUGCAGGUAAAGUUAUAUGACCAAUUUUUCCAGUUAAAUUGAUCUUUGUUUUAUAGAUACUUAUGGAAAUGAAUGAAAUGAAAUAUGUGCCUUUGCCAAAAUAACACCAAGUAAAAAUGUGAUCUUUGUCUGCCUUUAGGUAAAAGGUAAAUAAUCAUAUACUUUUAUCUACACAAAUAUCAUAAAUCCUCUAUGAUGCCUUCAAAAUCCGUAAAUAAUGGCCAACAUUACGUUAAACUGUUUUGUUACAAGACAUUUCUUAUCUGUGAUGAUAUUGUAAUUGCUUCAUAACUACAUCAAAAUCGAUUUGGUUAUGACUUCUUGGAACAUCUCUGAAAAAAAAGCAAUUCCAUUUGACCAUUGACAUUUGAUUUAUAUCAGUCGAGAUGCCUUUUUGUUCCAAAUGAAAUAUGUCAAUUGCAUGUUAGUUUAUAUCGAAUGAUACGGAAAUAGGCCCCCAACUCUAAUCAGUUUGUCUCUGAAUAAAAAAAACUACGAAUGCGUGACAUGCGUGAAAAAAGUUUUCAUUUGCCGCCAUUUGACGUACAGUUUAUCUUUUAAUUAGUUUUAAGUAUAAAAUGAAUAUGUUUUGUUGUUUUUAAAGUAAAUAUAGCAAAAGUUUCGUGUAAAAUGAGCGAUAAAAAUAUUUUAGUGACGCCACCACAUAUCCGCGAGUUUCGCCAAGAGAUCAACGAUGCCCUGUAAUUUGGGUUAGUGAAUAUAUCAUAGAAAGUUUAUAAUAUGUGUGUAGAUAAAAUAGUUUAUGUAACUGUACAUAAUUAGGCAUUAAAACACUCAUGUGAUUUUCUCUCACUUCGUUCGUUUCUUAAACCCACACUCGUGUAUUUUAAUGCCUUUUAUUAUGUAGCAGUCACAUAAACUACUAUUGUAUAGUCAAACUAGACAAUCGCGCUAGACCGGCCGCGCCCGGGCCGAGGCAUCCGACAAAUCAUUUUCUAUGACGAAUGAUCGGUGAUCCAUCCGUAACGACUGAUCCAUAGAAAACGAAGCGUCGGGAUCUCCGGCCCGGCCCCGG